AUGGAAGACUAUUGAGUACUGACAGCUAGAGAUGGUGGUGCAAUAAAACGGAGUCGUGGGUGUUUUAUUCCAACCCGCAUUUGCUUCUCCUUAAAUUUCGUGGGUUUGGGUUGUUGUGGGGUGUAAAAAGAUCUUUAAAAUCCGUCAUCUGGAGAGAGAGAGAGAAGGCUUGUUUUCCGGGAAGUGAAAAAGACUCAAUUUUUAUGUGUUUAUGAUGACGACGACCACUACUCUUGGAGGCUCCGUCGGUAGUAGCGGCGGCGGAGGCGGCGUAAGUUCCAGAAUGGUGGCGGAAAGUCCGUACAGUUGUACCAUGACAACUCGGCCACAACGGGCUGACCCGCCUGUGGUCCAGACCCGGCCCAUGUUCAACCCCCCUCCGUUCUCUCUUGCCCUUAAACCCAAAAUGGAGGGUGGUCUGGGAGCGUUAGGAGAAAGCUUUGAUCCAGGUUUAAUAGGAAGAGGGAGUAGAGAGGAUGGAUAUGAGAGCAGGUCUGGUAGUGAAAAUGUUGAAGGUGCAUCUGGGGAUGAUCAAGACCCAACAGCAGGCACUAAAUCCUCCAAAAGAAAGAAAUACCAUCGCCAUACUCCUUAUCAAAUCCAAGAACUUGAAUCUGCUUUCAAGGAGAACCCACAUCCUGAUGAAAAGGCAAGAUUGGAACUUAGUAGGAGAUUAAACUUGGAAAACAAACAAGUUAAAUUUUGGUUUCAGAAUAGAAGAACUCAAAUGAAGACACAAUUAGAGAGACAUGAAAAUGCUAUACUUAAACAAGAAAAUGAUAAGCUUCGGAUAGAGAACAUAGCAAUGAAAGAAGCAAUAAGCAGCCCAAUGUGCAACCAGUGUGGAGGUCAAGCCAUACUUGGUGAAGUACACGUGGAGGAACAUCAUUUAAGGCUUGAGAACACACGUUUAAGGGAUGAGCUUAACAGAAUCUGUGUCUUGGCCAACAAGUUUCUUGGAAAGCCUAUUUCGCCUUUCUCCGGUUCAAUGGGGAAUACUGAUUUGGAACUCGCUGUCGGGAGAAGCAAUUUUGACGCAUGGAAUGUACCAAACAAUGACUAUGAUAAUAGAUCAAUGGUAAUGGAUCUUGGUUUUACGGCUAUGAAUGAGCUGUUGAAGCUGGCUGAGAUUGGUGAGCCUUUAUGGCAUCGAAGCGUAGAUGGGAAUGGAGAGGCAUUAAAUAUUGAGGAGUAUGAUAGGACAUUUCGUUGCUGUAUUGGAAUGAGACCUCCUAACUUCAUCACUGAGGCAACUAGAACUACUGGCACUGUAUUGCUCAAUAGUAUGGCCAUUGUGGAGACCUUAAUGGAUGCUAAUCGAUGGGCAGAAAUGUUCACUGGCAUUGUUGGAAGAGCCUCAGUCAUUGAUGUGAUAUCCAGCAACCCUAGUGGAAGUAGAGAUGGUUCCUUGCAGUUGAUGCAUGCUGAACUUCAAAUUCUGUCUCCAUUGGCACCCCUUCACAAUGUAAAAUUUCUCCGGUUCUGCAAACAUCAUGCCGAAGGUGUGUGGGCCAUUGUUGAUGUUUCUGUGGAUGGCUCACAACCACAUGAAUUUCAAAGCUGCAGAAUGCUUCCUUCAGGCUGCAUUGUCCAAGAUUUACAGAAUGGUUAUUCGAAGGUUUUAUGGAUUCAACAUAUGGAAUAUGACGAGAGUAUGGUCCACAAUUUCUUAAAACCAUUGAUAAGGUCUGGUGUGGGUCUUGGAGCACAAAGGUGGCUUGCCACCCUACAGAGGCAAUGCGAGUGCUUAGCUGUCAUCAUGUCUCCCUCUAUUCCUAGUGCAGAAAGUUCAGUUAUUAGUCCAGGUGGCAGGAGGAGUAUUGUGCAAUUGGCACAGCGCAUGACCCGUAGCUUUUGCGCUGUCGUCUGUGCAAACAUGUACAGGUGGGAUCCAAUCCAAACCGGGAACGGAAAUGAUCCUGCUGCUGUUAGGUUGAGCAUGCGUAAGAGUCAAGGAGAGCCGGGAGAGCCGCCGGGAGUGGUGUUAAGUGCAACCAAGACCAUUUGGUUGCCGAUUACAAGGCUGCGCUUGUUUGAUUUCCUAAGGAGUGAAGAAACCAGGAACCAGUGGGAUGUCUUGUCCAAUGGUGCCUUGCAACAGAUGAUCCACAUUUCUAAGGGCCAGACCGAUCCUGCCAACAGAAUCUCUAUUUAUCGAAACACUGCUUCAGCUAGUGUGAAUCAGAAUAGCAUGUUGAUGUUGCAAGAGUCGUGCACUGACGUAUCUGGGUCCAUCAUAACAUACGCUUCAGUGGGUGCACAAGAAAUGACACUUGUGAUGAAUGGAGGGGAUUCUUCCUGUGUGGCUCUCCUUCCAUCUGGAUUCUCCAUAGUUUCAGACUGUUUUAACAACACUGGUUGGUUGGAUGAUUCCAAAGGAGCCCCUUCAAUAGAAGGCAAUGACAGCAACGGAUCUUUACUGACCGUCGGGUUCCAAAUGUUAGUGAGCAGCUCGCCAGGAGCAAAGCUUACGUUGGAGUCGGUCGAGACUGUUAACGCACUUAUCUCACGUAUGGUUUUGGAUAUCAAGGCUGCCUUCCUUUGCAACUGACGGAACAAGGGCACAUUUUCUUUUUCUUUUUGUUGGCCAAGUAAAGAGCCCUUGCAUAUAUAUAUAAUAUAGCAUAUAUAUUGGAAGGUGACAACAUACGGUGGGCUAGGAGGGUUUUGAGUCAAGAACGAACCGAACAUGGACCCUCAAGAUGGGUUGAGGUCUUUGAGGCAAAUCAACGGGAGGGUUGUGGUUCGGGUAUUGACUCCGGUGAUCCGUAAAGAUGAUAAGAAUCAGACAGAGCUCCUUGUAGCACUUAUUUUUUUUGUCUUUGAAGUGGCUGUAUUGUGGCGAGGGACUCAUUUGUCAUUGUGCUGCUUCUGGACUAUUUUGUUGGACUUUUAAGUUACUCUGUGGGUUAUAAUUUCUUAAUCACUGCACUGAUUUUAAUAUUUUUUAAAAUUUGCCAUCUAUACUUUUGAUAAAAGUUAAUAAUACUAAAACCGAGAGAACUGUGAUAUGGAG